UUAGCUUCCUUGUCUAUGGAGGGGCAACACUUUAAAUAAAGUAUCAGCAUAGCAAAAGCAAAACCAAAAGAUUUCACCGAUUAGGGGUAACGAAUAGGGUAAUCGUUUUCCCUCCGAUUUGAGGUUUUUCGAAAAGGUUUCACAGAUUCAGAGAAAGAGAGAGAGCGUGUUUGGAUUCGAAGAAAGCUAAAGGAAGAAGAUAGCGAGAAAUGAGUAUGAGGAAGAAGAUACAGAAGAAAUUCAAAAUCAGAGGGUACAACCUCACGCUCGAUGCCCUAAACAGCAUCCUAGUCUUCACUGACCAAUUCCCCGACGACUCUGAAGGAGAAGCUAUCGAUCUUCUUCUCGAUCAACUUCAGCAGGAAACUCUUAAUUCCUCCAUCGUCGAUGCAGAAUCAGUUCAGCAAGUGAUUAAUCUCUUGCUCGGAGCUAACGACGCGGCGGAGGAAUCUCAAUCUUCCACGAGUGGUUCUUCCUUCGCCGUAAUCGACGCAUUUCUGGUUCCGAAGUAUCGAUACGAUGCUGUUAAGAAGCAGUUCAUCGAGCAUACCAGUAGUCUCCCUGUUCAUGGUGAUGCUUCUGCAAAAACAGCAUUAUACAGGGAACGAUUCAUGUUGCUGUCACAGAGAGUAUCUCGCGCGGAUCAUUUCUCUAGGCCAGCGUUUGAUGCCGAGAUGUCGCAGUUUGAGAACAAUGAGAUAUCUCCAAUCCAGUCUCUAAUAGUUCAAAUUGGAAGGAAAUGGGUGAUGGGCGUGAUAUCACAGUUGGAAGAUGGGCAUUUCUAUCUUGAAGACCUUUCAGCUUCUGUAGAGAUUGAUUUGUCCAAAGCAAUAUCCUUUUUUGUGAAGUUGUACAAGAUAACCACAGGAUUUUUCACAGAGAAUACUAUAAUUUUGGCUGAAGGUGAAAUGAAGAAUGGUAUCUUUCAGGUGAUUACAUGUGGGUUUCCUCCUUUAGAAGACAGGGAGAAAACACUGAAGAUACAUUCUGGAUAUGACUUCUUCGGAGGUGGCACGCCAACCAAAGAAGAGAUGACUAAACUUGCUGACAUCGAAAAACAAGUUGUGAACGACACAUUUGUCAUAUUGUCUGACAUAUGGCUUGAUGAUGAAGCGGUUCUUGAGAAGCUGGAAAAGGUUCUUGAUGGUUUUGAAAGUGUGGAGAUAGUGCCGUCUUUGUUUGUAUUCAUGGGAAACUUUUGUUCUCGCCCAUGCAACUUAUCGUUUGGUUCUUAUUCAAGCCUUAGACAACAGUUUGGUAAACUUGGGAGAAUGAUUGUUGACCAUCCACGGCUAAAAGAGAAUAGUCAGUUUUUAUUCAUUCCAGGUCCUGAUGACGCAGGUCCCUCGACAGUCUUGCCUAGAUGCGGUUUACCAAACUAUUUAACCAAAGAGCUUCAAGACUUGAUUCCCAACGCGAUAUUUGCAAGCAAUCCUUGCAGAGUAAAGUUCUACAACCAAGAGAUUGUGUUCUUCCGAAAAGACCUUCUGUACCAGAUGCGUCGUUCAUGCUUAAUAGCGCCUUCCUCAGAAGAAACUGAUGAUCCAUUUAAGCACCUUGUCUACACAAUAACUCAUCAGAGUCAUCUAUGUCCUCUGCCUCUCAUGGUGCAACCCAUCAUAUGGAACUAUGAUCAUUCUCUUCAUCUAUACCCAACUCCUCAUACGAUUGUAUUAGGUGACAAAAGUGAGCAAAAGGUUUGGAAAUUUGGAGGAACAACAUGUUUAAAUCCAGGCUCCUUUGCAACUGAUGGCAUGUUCGUUGCGUAUCGACCUUCCACUCAAGUAGUCGAACUCUCUGCUCUGUGAUUCUGUUUUCAAAUAAGCCUGAGUACUAAAAAUUAAAGAAAGAGUGAAAAAGCAUACUUCAUGUCCUUUUAUUUGCUUCGCUAUUGUAUUCUUAUCAUCUGAUACAUGAUGUUUUAAAUUUAAUUUAACUAACAUAUAUAUAUAUAUAUAUAUAUAUUUGGAACUGGAUAUAUUAUAGGAGGCCGCAGGGUCCAAACUGAUACAAUAAUUUUGUAAGGC